AUGAAGGAUGGUAGAGUUCAGUUUAGAAAGAUAAAGCAACCAUUAGAUAAAGAAGGAAUUUUGAGAAAGAUUAAACUUCAUGAGGACAACAUUGCUGAACUUAAGAAGAAGCUAGAAGAGUUGGAGAAAGCAGACGACAGUGAGGAAUAA